AUGUUGUGUUUUACUAAAUUACCUAUUGUAAUACUUCAUCGAGUGUUGAAUUAUCUCGAUAGUUAUGAUAUAUUUUAUUCGUUGUAUCAUUUAAAUACUCGUCUGGAUGAAAUAGUAAAUAGUUACAGCCAACAUCGAUUGGAUUUUCAGUCGAUUUCGAUGUCAAAGUUUGAUUUUAUACUCGAACGCAUCAAUCCUGAAAAAGUCAUCUCGUUAACAUUAUCCAAUAUGGAUGAUACACCUGGCCAAUUUCGUUUAUUUCUGAAAUCACAUUCUCUUAAGCAAUUUCAUCAUAUAGAAUCACUGCAAUUACUUCAACCAUCGAAUCCGAUCGAUUUCAAUCAGAUUUUACUUCAAUUACAAGCAAAUCAAACAUUAAAAAGUCUUUCUAUUCUUCACUGUCCAUCAUCUGCUGUGAAUCCUCAAACAUUUCAACUUCUCUCGUCGUUCAUCAACAAUUCCCAAACGCUUCAACGGCUGUACCUAUCGGGUACAUUGAACUCGCUCUUCGAACAUGAAUUCACUUCAUCGAUCAAUCAUCUCUAUUUCAAUGAUAACAUAUUCAACACAAUUUCAUUGUCAACAAUUACCUCUCGAACACCGCAUUUAAACUCACUCGAUACCGCCAUCACUCACAAACUCCAAUCUCAUCCUCUGCCGUUCCUUGAUUACUUCACGCACUUAACUUUAACUAUAUUCAUCGACAUGCCGAAAUUCGAUAUGGAGAAUCUAUUGAAACACACACCGAGACUAGUCUUUUUGAAACUGAUCGCCAAUGGCAAACAAUGGUUCAACGGUCAAUUCUGGGAACAAUGUCUACCUGCAACAUUGAAAACAUUCCAAUUUAAUUUUUGCACACAGAUGAAUAAUCUCAACGAAGAAAGGAUUCUCGACACAUUCCAAACAUCAUUUUGGGUAGAUGUCAAGCAUUGGCCUGUUAUUUUAGAUUAUCAAAUGAAUCCAACUAUGUUACAUCUCUAUUCUUUACCUUUUUGCGACACGCAGUUUUAUUAUCGGCCAUCCAUAGAUUCCAAUCGACAAUUUCGCUCUUCGAUACCAACAGAUCGAGCAUAUAUGAGCAAUGUUGAGAACUUAACCAUUGAUUUAUCAACAUUACUCGCUGAAACGAAGAAUCUGACUUGUGAUUAUUCGAUAGAUAAUUCAUAUCAUUAUUUUGCUAAAGUUUCAACAUUAAUUUUAACUGAUCAUGAAUGUCAUUUAUCCAUGAACUUGUUGAUUAAAUUUCUUGAAUCAAUUCUUGAUUUUACGUGUGUCACCGAUCUGAAACUAGGAUUAUUUCAUCAUCCACAAUUGAUACACACUCUCUAUCAUCGAAUGCCGAAUUUAAACUACCUUCGAAUAACGCAUAGUCUACUGUCCAAUCUGGAAGAUCUUCGCUUUCAAAGUAUCUGUUCAUUGACUAUUUGUGAUUCACUCACCGAUAUCGAAAGAAUCUCUCUACUAUUUCCUCAGCUUCAAUAUCUCUGCGUACGACUGACGGUAUUCGAACAAAUACAAAAAGUCUUUGAACACCUUGGUCGAAGACUAAGAACUAUCACCUUUCGACAUAUGGAUGUAGAUCUACAGGAGAAGACUAUUAAGUGGCUAUCAUCUUAUUAUGGUGAACAUCGUCGUUAUUCGUAUGAACUCGAUCAACAUAUGGAUCUACAUAUUUGGCUGGGUGAGGUUCGAUCUCAACAACAACGAAGCGAAUGA